ACAGGAGCUUUGCACUGGGAAGGAACAGAGGCAACUCGCUGACCAAGGGAAACAUUCAAGACACUUUCUCCGGUGAGUCCUCCUCUCAGUAAAUAAAAGGCAGUCACAACAGCAGGAAUUUCCUAAGCAGACUGAAAAACCAGUGCACAGACAUUGCUCAUUGUUUUGUGCAUUUGAUAGAUCUGGAUUAGCAUCAUGUCUAUGGGACUUGAGAUAUUGGGUGUGGCCCUGUCCAUUCUCGGCUGGCUUGGUGCUGUUGUUGCUUGUGCUCUCCCUAUGUGGAGGGUAACUGCCUUUAUAGGAAACAAUAUUGUGGUGGCUCAGAUUAUCUGGGAAGGACUAUGGAUGAACUGCGUAGUUCAGAGCACGGGGCAGAUGCAGUGCAAAGUCUACGACUCCCUACUGGCUCUUCCUCAAGAUCUACAGGCUGCUCGUGCCUUAAUAGUUAUCUCCAUCGUCAUUGCUAUCAUCGGAGUCUUCAUCUCCAUCAUGGGAGCAAAGUGCACCAACUGUGUUCAAGAUGAGUCGGCAAAGGCCAAGAUCAUGAUUGUCUCUGGGGUCAUCUUUAUUCUUUCGGGGCUCAUGACACUUAUCCCCGUGUCCUGGUCAGCAAACACAGUUAUUCGUGAUUUCUACAACCCGCUAGUUGUGGAUGCUCAAAAGAGGGAGCUGGGUGCUUCCAUGUACAUUGGGUGGGCAGCCUCUGCUUUUCUUAUGCUUGGGGGUGCUAUGCUGUGCUGCUCUUGCCCACCAAAACAGGAGAAGUACCCUGCAUCCAGAGUGGCAUAUUCAGCAGCCCGAUCAACAAAUCCUGGAUAUGACCGAAAAGACUAUGUCUGAAGAGGAACCAAAACUGUUCAAUGGGCAUGGAACAUUCUCUUUUAUCAAGUGGCAAGAAUGAACAGGUGACUUGGUUAUGGAGAGGAGUGGGAAGUAGACAUCACUGACGCAGACUUUUUAAACCCUCUUAUAAAUGCUGUAAUUAUUAGUACUGUAUAUUUUUUUAUAUAACGUAUAUUAUACAUAUACAGCAUUGGUUCUAACUGUGUGUGUACGUGAAAUUACAAGAGGCAUGAAUGGAAGCUUUCUAUUGUCGUGGCAUUUGGUGAAUAUUCUUGAACUGGGAGGGGCAAGUCUUCUUGGCAGAGAUGAGGUGGCUUAAGUAAUAUAACUCUUUACAUCCCAAGCUGCUGAUUGAACUGUGCAGAACAAUGCACUGUUGUAUGUUACAGCACCAUUACCCACUAGGGAACCGUAUCUGUUUGCGGGUUCUUAAUAUUUAGAAACGCUAGAUGAAGGAAGUGCUGUUUUUAUAAAGAAAGAAAAAAAAAAAGUAUAGGGCUUUGUAUAUUAAUAUUUGACAGCUAUUAAAUUGUUUAAUAUUUUUGCUGUACAGCGUGAAUCAUAUUUAUCAGACAUUAACAAAUCAAAAUGUACAAUUCCAACUGUUAUAUGUCUCAUAGCUAAUCAGGGCGAUUUGUGACAACUGGAGCUAAUUUUUUUUGUUAACCAUACCAACCAAUCAA